GCUGCGCUCUGCUGCGCGUGCCAGCCGCGGCCCAGCCGAAGGUGCUCUGCCGGCGCCAGCUCGGGGUGUGCAUGCGCUGCCCGACCGGCGAGGCCCUGGACUGCACCGGCGUGCAGCUGGGUCCGCUGCUGGACGAGCUGUUCGCGUACGCGGGCCCGCUGGGCUGCGCCCCCGCAGGGGACGGCCUGGCCCUGUCCCUCUGGGCGCCGACGGCCGUGCGCGUGGAG